AUGAAGAUUGAGGAUUGGAGAACAACAAUUCAACCCAAGGCUGAAGGCACGUGGAACUUGCACCAUGCUACGCUUGAAGCCAAGAUUGACCUCGAUAAUUUCAUCUACUUCUCAUCCAUGUCAGGGACCACCAGACUAGCAGGCCAAUCCAACUAUGCAUGCGCCAACACCUUCCUUGACGCGUUUGCUCAGUAUAGACAGAGCCUUGGACUUCCCGCCACCACUAUCGACUUGGGAGCGGUGCGCGACGCUGGAUAUGUCGCAAGAGAUGAGGCCCUGUUGAAGAGAAUGAAAGUCACGGGCUCAAAGGGUGUUACCGAGUUGGAAGUUCAUGUCUCCAUGGGUAUUCUUUCAAAAUCAGUCGUGAAGCCUGAGCCUACCAAGAAUACUGAGGAGACCAAGUUUGUCGACCAGAAUACCCCUGAGCAGCCCGGAAGUCGCGCUCUCUGGAGGAACGACAGGCGCAUGGCCGUGUAUCACAACUCGUCCACUGAUGCCUCGGAUGGAUCCGGCUCUGGCGGUGACGUGCUCAAGGCUUUCCUAUCUAAUGCGAAGAAGGAUGCAUCAGUGCUGAAGGCGAAUGGGUCCGUGCAGCUUCUGGCUGUCGAGAUUGGUCGAAAAUUGUUCAGUUUCUUACUCAAGCCUGAAGAUGAGCUUGAUAUAUCUGUUUCCCUUUCAUCUCUCGGGCUUGAUUCCCUGGUUGGAGUAGAGAUGCGAAGCUGGUGGAGACAGACAUUUGGGUUUGAUAUCACCGUCCUAGAGAUGCUGGCAUGGGUACACUGGAGGGGCUGGGCAAGCAUGCUUCCCAAGGAAUAUUAA